GCAGUAUUUUGAGCCUGUUCAUACUCUGUGGUUACUCAAGGAAUAAAAGAUGCAUCUUAAUUUUUUUUCUUCUCACAGGGUCUCCAAUGAAAGAUGGUGUUCUGAUCAAGCAGGCAUUCAAACUCCUUUACAGCAAUCUGUCACUGUACAGAAAUCCUAAAUGCUGGGGUUCCUUCAUCAUGAUUAUGGGCAGUAGCUGUUUCCUGGAAAGAAAUGGGCACCUUCGCCCUCUGACAGUGAAAGAGCCCCCAGUUACAUUUCAGCAGGGGGUGCUGGUUGCCAGUGAUGGUCUCUUCCAGGAACUGAAGGCAAAACUUAACGUUUCUUUCCCACCUGGUAUUUUCUCCCAGUUGCACCAGGAGGCUUGUCUUAUUCUUGCAGUGCAAGCAGUACAACAGAUGGUUAUCUGUGAACUCCCAUACUUAACUUCCUUCCUAGAGAUAUUCCUGGCAUUUGGGAACAACUUCUGGGCUCUGAGGCUGUUACUGAAUCACCUUUCCUAUGAUAAGCACAUUCUUCAUGGCGUUGUCGAUCUGAUUUUGAGAGAUCUGAAUCGUCAGAAAGCAACAAUGCUGAAACUAUGGCAAAACCUUGGUCCCCAGUACGUGGGUGAAUUUGUUUGCCUGUUCCUGACUUGCAGAAACAGGAUACUGCAAUCCAUUGGUGUGUUGGCUCUGGAUAUAAUUACAGAGAACUUGCACGUGUGUCCAUGGGCAAAGCACCUUUACAACUUCUUUCACAAUGCAAGGUUAAUGCAGCUGCCCCUUGGUGCCACAACUCAUCACGAAGUCUCAAAGUUCAUGGAUGUUCUUGAAAAAUUGUGAUCUAGCCAAAUUUUCAAGCGUAUUUUUCAACUUGCCUUGAUCCAACACAUCUCUUCCUGGAGUCUUUUGUGUUCUGUUUUGGUUGUCAUCUCUUCCCUCGCUUGAAAUGAUCACCUAAAAACUGACUUCAGACCAAGUGUGAUAAUAAAAUCUCAGAUCUAGAUGGUGAACAGCAUUUGUAUCCUGGUAGGUGUGUUCUGGAAACUUCUUUUUUACAGGCACAUGUAUUAAGCUGUCGUUUAGAGACAGGAGCCACACAUCUUAAGAAAAGCUGAUCUAUAGAGAAAUGCUCACCAGAGACAGCAAUGGCAAGAGGAACGAGGGGACAGAAACAAAGUGGAAAGCAUCAAAAGUCCUUCGCUUAUGAGUUGCACAGGUGUUUUCUGAGUGAAAAGCCAGCAGAACUGCUAAGAAAGCAGUUAGACAAGCUGCUUAAUUUAGGAAAACUGCCUCUCCAAAGGUGUACAGCAGUGUAAAUUAGGAUGCUGUUUGCACUCCUUGUGUUUGUAUAGUGUAUAAUUAUAAAAAUAAAUCACUCCAGUUAGUAUUGUUUGGCCUCAAGCUUUCUUACUCUAAGAAAUCAGAAUGAAGAAAGCAUUAACUUGUUUUGUUUGUAUAUAAAAAAAAUAUAUUUUUUUCAAGGCAUUCCAAUUGUAGGCUUUCUUAAACGUUUACAAUGGGUGACUUAAACUGGUGCUGAAGGCUCUGUGUUAUUUCAAGUAUUAUAAUAGUAAGAGCUGACUUUUUUGGGAAUUGUGGAAGUAGAAAUAGGGAAGUAUUUCUUGCCCAGUUGUGCUCUUCUUUGCCCCAACAUGAUACGUGUGUGCUGUGGUUUGGAAGGCAGGGUAAGACUUCUGAACACGUUGAUAUAUUCUGUCCAAACUCAGUUAAGUUAUUGUCCAGCUUUUCUACAGAAAGUGUACAUGCAUCUAAAAGGAAAAAAGGUUUAAUAAAAAAAGAUUUAAUAAAA